UCUUUUAUCUUAACCUCAUAAAUUAUGUACAUAAGUAUUCUGCAACCACUUCGCAGAAAUCUUGUAGCUUUUAUUCCGAGCAUCAUGGCAGUCCGACAGUCAAGUGAUAUGGCAAAAUUUAAGGAGGCUUUGAGGUCAGCUAAGAACGUCGUUUUUCUCUCUGGAGCCGGUAUUAGUGCAGAGUCUGGUAUACCUACGUUUAGAGGAGCUGGUGGCUACUGGAGGAAGUACCAGGCGUCUUCACUGGCGACACCUGGAGCGUUUAAAAAUAAUCCAAGUUUGGUUUGGGAAUUUUACCACUACAGACGAGAGGUGGCUGCUAAGGCUCAACCUAAUAGGGGUCACAUAGCCAUCGCAAACUUUGAAGCGAAACAUGGAUCAGAUAAGACAAUAACGGUGAUAACUCAGAAUGUUGACAACCUACAUGUUCGAGCUGGUAGCAAGAAUUUACUGGAACUUCAUGGUAACCUCUACAAAACUCGUUGUACAAAAUGCAGAGAAGUGUUGGUGAACACAGACAGCCCUAUUUGUGAGGCAUUAGCAGACAAAGGAGCCCCAGACGUGGAUGUGGUUGGCUCCAAUAUUCCUUUAAAGUCCUUGCCACACUGUAAAAAGUCAAAUUGUAAUGGCCUCUUAAGGCCACACAUAGUAUGGUUUGGAGAGAAUUUGGAACAUGAUGUAUUGGAAAAAGCUGGUAAGGUAAUGGAAUCCUGUGACGUCUGCCUAGUGGUUGGCACGUCAUCAGUGGUCUACCCAGCGGCAAUGUUCGCUCCGCAAGCCGCCGCCAGAGGCGCCAUAGUCGCAGAGUUUAACCUGGAACCCACACCAGCUACUCCUGACUUCCACUACUACUUUGAAGGACCUUGCGGAACCACUUUACCUUUAGCUUUGGAAGACUAAAAAGAAUUAGAUAUUUACAACCUUUCAAAAAUGUUUGAAACAUUUUAGAAGUAUCGAGUAACACCAU